UUUUAAAUAAGUCAAUAAAAUGUAUUAAAGAUGAAUGCAUUCAAUAACAAAAGGGGAGAUAACAAGAUCAAUUAGUAGCUGAGCCGUGUUCACGGAUGUUUUUCAAACUUGGUCCAGCACGGACGCCAUUUGAAAAAUGGGACAGAGAGAUCUAAAUAUCAUCUUGCUCAGGUUUUAAGAAAAUAUUCAAGUCGGUGUGGGGACUCUGUGAGAACCAACCAUAGGGGAAGAAUAAACUGGCCUUAUGAUUGAAAACAUCAAAAAAACUUUCACUGUACUGUCAGACUGAUUCAGUUAUGCAUAUAUGAACAUUGAGAUAGCAUAGAAAUAUUAGAAGCCAGUGUUUAGAGUUUAGAACCCAUUGUUGAGCUAGUGUUGUAGAAGCCAGUGUUUAGAGUUUAGAACCCAUUGUUGAGCUAGUGUUGUACAACCAGCUAUGGCUGAAGCCCAUGCUGCAGUUGCCUUUUCCUUCACUGUGACGCCUGAUGGCUACGAUGUCAACAUAAACCACGAGGCCCUCAAACAUGUCUGGCAGAGUGGCGUUGUUUCCUGGAAGAAGAGGAUUGGGAGGCUCAAGAACAACAUAAGAAAUGGAGUAUUUCCAGCCACCAUCACAUCAUGGAUGUUUGUUGUGGGAAUUAUUCUUGCUGUCAAACUUGCUGGAUUUGAUCCUUCCUUUGGAGUUAUUGAGAGCAUUCAUCGACACACACCAGGGCUAAUUUUGUUCUCCUAUUCUGUGGACCUGUACAUCAGCACCAUGCUGUUUGGUACGCUGGUGUGGAUAGGCAAGUUUCUGGUGAUGAGGUACAUCCUCAAGCUACUGCUGACCUACCACAACUGGAUGUAUGAGGUCAGGGGUACCAUUUCACUCAAGACAAAAAUCUGGUUUACUCUAAUCCGUCUGUAUGGAGGAAGGAAGCCACUGUUGAUGAGCUACCAGUCCUCACUACCUAAACUACCAGUGCCUAGCAUCAAAAGUUCAGUGGAAAAUUACCUGCAGUCUGUGAAACACCUGUUGUCUGAUGAAAAAUACCAGGAGAUGGAGAAGUUGGCCAGUGAUUUCAGCAAGGGGAUUGGCAAUAAGCUCCAGCGCUACCUCAUUCUCAAGUCUUGGUGGGCUACAAACUAUGUAUCUGACUGGUGGGAGGAAUAUGUUUAUCUUAGAGGCCGUUCACCUAUUAUGGUCAACAGUAACUACUAUGGUGUGGAUGCCUUGUUGGUGAACAACACCAAUGUACAAGUGGCCAGAGCUGCCAACUUGAUCUAUGCCAUGCUCAUGUACAGACGAGAGUUGGACAGAGAAGAACUCAACCCAAUCCUCAUCAAUGGUGUGGUUCCUCUCUGUUCAGCACAGUAUGAACGACAGUUCAACACAACACGCAUUCCAGGGGAAGAAACAGAUCAGUUAGUACAUUUCAAGGACAGUAACCACAUUACAGUCUACCACAAGGGGCGUUACUUUAAAGUCUACAUAAGACACAAGGGAAGACUUCUCAAGCCUUGCCAAAUAGAAAUGAUGCUGCAGAAGAUUGUAGAUGAUGAGAGCCGACCAGCAGAGGGAGAGGAACAUCUGGCAGCUCUCACUGCUGGAGAGAGGGUGCACUGGGCUAAAGCUCGCAAGGAGUACUUCAGUAAGGGCAAAAACAAGGCCUCACUUGACGCUAUAGAAAAGGCAGCUUUCUGUGUAUCCCUUGAUACAGAACCACAGGAUUAUGACCCUAAUGAUCCGUCCAAACUUGACCGCUAUGGUAAAGCCAUGAUUCAUGGUAAAGGCUAUGACAGGUGGUUUGAUAAAUCCUUCACCUUUGUUGUCUGCUCUAAUGGAAAGAUUGGUUUCAAUGCAGAACAUUCAUGGGCAGAUGCACCCAUCAUGGCCCACAUGUGGGAAGUGGUUGUGACUGAGGACCAUAUGCGUUUAGGAUAUGAUGAGAGGGGCCACACUUUGGGAACUCCUGAAUUUCAACCACCAAACCCCAUCAGACUUGAAUGGGACAUCAGCCUACCUUGCCAACAAAGAAUUGAGGAAAGUCUGCAAGUGGCCACUGUCCUGUUGAAUGAUGUAGACCUCCACAUCAUGAUGUUCAGAGAGUUUGGCAAAGGUUUUGUAAAGACGUGUAAAGUCAGCCCCGAUGCCUUCAUCCAAACAGCCCUGCAACUGACAUAUUUCAGGCUGGAGAAGCAGUUUUGUUUGACGUAUGAGUCAUCCAUGACAAGAUUGUUCCGUGAAGGUCGUACAGAAACUGUUAGGUCAUGUACAGCAGACACCUGCAACUUUGCCAGGGCUAUGGAGCAAGGGUUAGCUAAAUCAGAAUGUAUAAAGCUGCUGUCCAAAGCUGCGGACACCCACCAGAAGCUGUACAGAGAUACCAUGACAGGCAAGGGAGUUGACAGACACCUCUUCUGUCUGUACGUCGUCUCUAAGUACUUGGGCGUGGACUCACCAUUCCUGUCUAAAGCUCUCAGUGAACCCUGGAAGCUCUCCACUAGCCAGACCCCUCACCAGCAGACUGACAGACUUGAUCUAAACAAAUACCCAGACAGGAUUUGUGGAGGCGGAGGCUUUGGACCUGUGACAGAUGAUGGCUAUGGCGUGUCCUACAUGAUUGCUGGAGAAGACACCAUAUUUUUUCAUAUCUCUUGUAAAGUCUCCUGCCCUCAUACAGAUGCUCACAAGUUUGGUGCCACUCUCAAGAAAUCAUUGUGUGACAUGAGAGAUUUAUUUUCUAAGGACUGAGGACAUCUGACUCUAGCAGCCAAACAGUUGGAGAAGAUGCUCCGUUUCAUUUGAUAUUAAUUUACCAUGUGCUGGACAUCUUUAGAUUUGUUUAUUGCUGGGCAAUUUUUUUUAUUUUACUUCUGAAAGUGUUUUACUAAAACUAUAGAAUUGAAAGCACAAAAGGAUUUAAGUUUUAUAAAAACCAAUUUAAAUCAAAAACUUGUAUUUGAGAUUACAACUUUCUAGAGAUGUACAAUAAGUCAUAUGUCAAACAAUUGAUUUUUUUUCUUUUCAAAUUUACUUCAAAGUUCCACAAAAUAAUUAUUUGUUUUGAAUAUUUGAACAAUUUUAAUUACUUACACUUACACUGCCGAAAGAUCAAUAAAAUGAUUUCCUUCUCAAAUUUCAAGUAAUAAAAUUAUUUUAGUCAAGUUCUGCUAACAAUGAGUCAUAAUACAGUUCUAACAAUUUAUGUGGUGAGGUGGAAUAUUUUAUUGAAUCAAACAGUUACUAUGUUUAUCAUGAGCAUAAAUAACCGAUGUUGUAGAAAGCUUUUUAAGUGUUGUAAAUAUAUAUAUACAGACUUCUAAGUGUGGCAUAUAAAUUAUAGAGUAAUAUUUCAAAGCCAAUUUUUUAUUUGACCAAAUAUUUAUUCCAAUGAUGCAAACACAGAAUGUGUUAUCUUAUCAAUGCAAAGGUGAUGGUAAUUUAACUAACUCUACACAAACAUUGCUAAUUUUAUAUUGCUUGCUAACAUAUGCCAUUUCAUUAGUUGAAAUAUUUACUGGGUACUAAAUCUGUUGUGGUAAUGAAUGUUUAACGUGCCUGUGUUUAUAGGUCCAAUACUUUGUACUAUUAUUUUUGGUGGUAAUUAUUGUUGUAUGCCCGGUGUUUCUAGGUGAAAUAAUUUGUACUAUUUUUGGUAAUUAUUGUUGUAUGCCCGGUGUUUCUAGGUGAAAUAAUUUGUACUAUUUUUGGUAAUUAUUGUUGUAUGCCCGGUGUUUAAAGGUGAAACAAAUUGUAAUUUUUUUGUGAAAUUGAAUUAUAAAUGGUGGGGUGUGUUGCUCUACUUGCCCGGUGUAUUUUCAAGUUGCCAUAUCAUAUUGUGUACUGAAAAUUCUGUGAUGUUUAUCUGACAUUCAAAUUUAUACCAUUUACAUUACCAUAUAUAGGUCGCCUAUAUUUCUACAGGCUCAUUGUACUAUUUAAUUCAUGACAAUAACAGUUUAAACUCAAGGACAGUUCUGAUGAAGAUAAAACCACAGCAGAUUUUAUUUUUCCCAUUGAUCACAAUUUUUUUUUUUCAUUUCAAUAAACUAUUUGGUUCUAAAAUACUGAA